AUGGACGCCGAUAUACGUGCCGAAGUGCAUAAUGCUGUACAAAACACCCAAGAAAAGUUAUUGGACAAUAUGACAACUUUACUAGAGUCUCGUUUAGACGGUUUCCAAAGAAGAAUUCAGGAAAACCAGAAAUCCUUGUCAGACACACAGAUAGCCAAGAUAGAUGAAAAGAUGUCCGACACAUAUAAGUUCCGCAAAAGAGGCAAAUCUUAUUUUAAUGCUUUUAAAAGAUGGGAACGUUUCAUAUCUCUCCAUGGACAUGUUGCUUUACCAGCUCAACCAGUGCACGUCGCACUAUACCUUACAGACUUAGUUAACAACGGUUCUACUUAUCAUGCGGUAUAUCAUGCAAUAUAUGGUAUAAAAUGGGCACACGAAAUCAACAGUUUAAAAGAUCCUACCACUAACACUUGUGUUACUUCAAUACUAGAAGCGUCUAAAAGAGUUGCGCCAAAGAAGACUAACAAGAAAGAUCCAGUAACUACAGACGUUUUGAUAGAACUUUGUGAUAAUUUCAAAGAUUGUUCUGACCUACUUGUCUUAAGAGAUUUAACUAUGAUGCUACUUUGGUUUGCAGGUUUCCUUAGAAACGAUGAACUUAGUUCUUUGCGUUUCCUUGACAUUGAUAUACAAGAUUCUUUUCUGAUUUUACAUAUAACUAAGAGUAAAACUGACCAAUACAGGCAAAUCAAUGAGGUUAUAAUAGCAAAAGGUUCUACAAUCGCAUGUCCAUAUAAUAUGUUAGUUAAAUACACACGUUUGGCUGGACUUCACUCGUUCAGAUCAGGUGGUGCCACAGUGGUUGCUAAUGCAGACGUUAGCGACAGGUGUUUGAAAAAACACGACAGAUGGAAAACUGAUUCGAGUAAAGAUGGUUAUAUCGUAGACUCCAUAGAAAGGUGUACAAUAUAA